AUGGGGCGGCCGCUGACUGUAGCGGGGCUGCCCGGGCUGCUACCCGUGCUGCUGCUACUGCUGUUGCCUCCGCCUACGAGAACGCGCUGUCCCGACUUCUGCAGCUGCGGCCCCGACGGCGCCCUGCGCUGCCCCGACGCGGGCCCCGGCUUCUCCAGGCUAUCACUUACCUAUCUCCCUGUCAAAGUCAUCCCUUCACAAGCUUUCAGAGGACUUAGUGAUGUCUUAAUAAUUGAAAUCUCUCAGAGUGACUCUCUGGAAAGGAUGGAAGCUAAUGCCUUUGACAGCCUCCUCAAUUUGUCUGAAAUAUUGAUCCAGAACACCAAAAAUCUGGUGUACAUUGGGCCUGGAGCCUUUACAAACCUCCCACGGUUAAAAUAUCUGAGCAUCUGUAACACAGGCAUUCAAAAGCUCCCAGAUGUUACAAAGAUUUUCUCAGCUGAAUUUAAUUUUAUUUUGGAAAUUUGUGAUAACUUACACAUAACCACCAUCCCAGGAAAUGCUUUUCAAGGGAUGAAUAAUGAAUCUGCUACACUCAAACUAUAUGGAAAUGGAUUUGAAGAAAUACAAAGCCACGCGUUCAAUGGGACGACACUGAUUUCACUGGAAUUAAAGGAGAAUAAGAACCUGAGGAAAAUGCACAACGAUGCCUUGAGAGGGGCAACCGGACCCAAUGUUUUGGAUAUUUCUUCUACCAAGCUGGAGGCACUGCCUAGCUAUGGGCUGGAGUCCAUUCAAGUGUUAAUUGCCACAUCAUCCUAUUCCCUAAAGAAAUUACCACCCCGGGAAAAAUUUGUCAGUCUUCUGGAAGCCACCUUAACUUACCCUAGCCACUGCUGUGCAUUUAUAAACCUACCAACAAAGGACCAGAAUAUUUCACUUUUCAUUUUUGAAAACUUUUCCAAACAAUGUGAAAGCACAGCAAGGAAACCAAAUAAUGAAACAUUCUAUUCUGCCAUCUUUGCGGAGAGUGAACUAAGUAUCUGGGAUUAUGACUAUGGCUUCUGCUCACCUAAAAUACUUCGAUGUGCUCCUGAACCAGAUGCCUUUAAUCCUUGUGAAGAUAUCAUGGGCUAUGACUUCCUUAGAGUUCUCAUUUGGCUCAUAAAUCUCCUAGCAAUCGUGGGGAACUUCACUGUCCUCUUUGUUCUGCUGACCAGUCAUUACAAAAUGACAGUGCCCCGUUUCCUCAUGUGCAAUCUCUCUUUUGCAGAUUUUUGCAUGGGGCUCUAUCUGCUGCUUAUUGCCUCAGUCGAUUCUAAAACCAAAGGCCAAUAUCAUAACCAUGCCAUAGACUGGCAGACAGGAAGUGGCUGCAGUGCCGCUGGUUUUUUCACUGUGUUUGCAAGUGAACUUUCUGUCUAUACACUCACUGUAAUCACUCUAGAAAGGUGGCACACUAUUACAUAUGCCAUGCAGCUAGAUAGAAAGCUACAGUUGAGACAUGCUGUACUGAUCAUGUUUGGAGGCUGGCUAUUCUCCACGAUAUUUGCAGUGUUGCCCCUUGUGGGUAUUAGCAAUUACAUGAAGGUCAGCAUUUGUCUCCCCAUGGAUAUUGAGACCACUCUCUCCCAAGCAUACAUACUGAUCAUCCUGGUAAUCAAUGUGGCUGCCUUCAUCAUCAUUUGUGCUUGUUAUAUUAAAAUUUACUUUGCAGUACAGAAUCCGGAGCUUGUAGCAGCCAACAAGGAUACAAAGAUUGCCAAGAAAAUGGCAAUACUGAUAUUCACUGAUUUCACCUGCAUGGCACCUAUCUCUUUUUUUGCCAUCUCAGCUGCUUUCAAAGUACCCCUCAUCACUGUGACCAACUCCAAAAUUUUACUGGUGUUAUUUUACCCAGUUAACUCCUGUGCAAAUCCAUUUCUGUAUGCAAUUUUCACAAAGGCCUUCCGAAGGGAUUUUUUUCUUUUACUGAGCAAGUUUGGCUACUGUAAAAACAGAGCAGAACUUUAUAGAAUGGAGAAUUUUUCAGCUUAUACCUCCAACUGCAAAAAUAGCUCCCAUGGAGCAAAUAAGGCCCCUCAAAACACACUGAAGUUGUCCACUUUCAAAUGCCAAUACACCACGGUCCUGGAAGAGACCUGUAGCAAAGGAUGCUAG